AUGGCAAUUGGUCGUGUACUUCGGACAAUAACUUUCAUUGCUACCAUUCUUCCAUCUGCAAGACCUUGGUGUGCUGCAGCCCGUUAUCAAAUACCUCAACAUCCUCAUCCUUGGGCACAGAAAUAUUAUGUUCCAUAUGCUUCUGAUUCAAAUGCUAUUCGUAGAGUCAUAACGCAUGAUAUGGCAUAUGCUGCUGUUCAAGCUUACCCAGAUGAAUAUAGGCCCGAUUGGGGACGUAUGAGCUUCCUUGUAGACAUUUUGAGACCAACUCCUGGAGAAGGACCUUCAUGGUACCAUCUUUUGAAGAAAGCUAGUGGCGGUUGCAAUGACCUUAUGUACAGUGGACAUAUGCUUGUUGCUGUCCUUACUGCAAUGGCGUGGACGGAAGCAUACGGGGGCUGGAUCUCUAUUGCAAUAUGGCUCCUCGUCCUGCACAGCGCACAGAGGGAGGUACGUGAGCGGCACCACUACAGCGUGGACUGUGUUGCUGCAAUCUACGUCGGCAUCCUCCUGUGGAGGAUGACGGGGUUCAUCUGGACUGCCAGAGACCUGACCCGAGCUAGACGGCUAGCCAAGCUUGAGGAGAUCCAGAGCAGGCUGGUCCAUGCUGCCAAGGACAGUGACAUUGACGAGAUCAGGGGCCUGCUGAAGGAGGUGGAGCUAGCCGGCCAGGAGAAGCAGGCUUCUCACAUAGAGCUAUCCUGA